AUGGCGGUGCUCUCGAAAUCGACAACAAUCGGGCAGAACGCAAUAGUAUUAUCUAUGGUAACAAUCGGAAAUACCCCGAGCCGGCGAGAGGGUGUUCAAUUGUUGUCCCUGCGGGGAGAAAGUGGCUCGUCCGUGCCGAACGAAUUUCACGGCAAUUAUUGUUUCACGGCUGCUUACAGGCUACCGGGUUUUCCUCUUUGUCGUGCCAUUCUCCACGAGGGAAAAUAGACGAAUCGUGUUCCAUUAUACGCGUUGCUUGCCUCACCGUGUUCUUUUGUUAUCUGUUAUCCAUUUCGAUUUUCAGAGACAACGUGUAUGUACAUUUAUAUACAUUUGUAUAUUCGUUGGAAAUUCAUCUUUUGUCGUUCGGUGAGAAACCAGGAAUUAUAACUUGUUAUGAUAUAUCAGAAUGGAAAAAAAUCAGAAUAGGGAUAACGAUUGUUUUUUUUUUUCAUUAUUUAAAAAUAUUCCGAUUGCAAAUAACAAUUGGUUGCAAGUUUUAAGAUGAACGAGAAAUUUAUUUCCGAUUGCUUGCAAAAGUGACUUUUCUAAGUGACGAAGAUUCUCUUUCGGUUGCUGAUAAUAAUUAUCGAUGAGAGAAAUUCAGGAUUUUUUUUCUUCGUCAAUUUAUGCCACUCUAAUGGUAACUCUGAUGGUUUUCUUUUUUGAAUUUUUUAACGCGAUUUGGUGGAGGAUUAUUUCCGUGGAAUUCAAAAUAUUACAUUACUGAAUCCAAUACUUUACGUUGUUGAACCGGAAUAAAUUUCUCUUAUCGAUAACUAUUAAGUUUCUCUUAUCGAUAAACGACCGAAAUAAAGUUCCCCCUCGUCAAUAAUGAUUAUCGGCAAACGGAAGAAAUUGCCGGUCAUUUAUAAUCAAAACGUUUAAUAUCUUGGUCACGUAGUUUCAAAUUUUUCUUCGCUGAGAUUGAUGUUUCGGUUAUGGAUUUUUUUUUUUUUUUUGUGUCGUGAAAUAAAAAAAAUGGCAUCGUCGCCGAUUUUGUAGAAAAUGUUACGAAAAUAAUUCGAAACAAUUAGUCAGAACGAGAGCGAACAAUUGUAUCAAAAAAGUCGUCACAUAUCGUGAAGAUUCAUCUUUUCUUUGUUUUCAGCCCUUUAGUACGAUGAAUAAUAUAUACGCAUAAUUAAAUCUAUGUACUUUUGUACUUUACUAUACAAUUCUAUACUGUAUUAAUUCAUUCACACCAUAGUAGUAACGAAGUUAACAUUGACGUUUCUAUUAUCCUUUGCACUCCAAGCUAUUUUCCAAUUAUUUUUUUCUUUUUAUUUUUUUUGGCAAUUUGAAAAUACCGAGCGUGACUCAACAUAAGAUUUUAUGAGUGCCAUCAGAGCAAAUUUUGUCACAAAGGGUUUAACACAGAAUAAUAUUUCUGUCGUUGCAGGUGGUGCAAGCGGCGCUGGACAAGGCGAUGGAGGGCAGGACGUGCAUCACUAUAGCGCAUCGUUUGGCCACGAUAAGAAACGCCGACGUGAUCUGCGUGCUGGAGAAGGGCACCGUCGCGGAGAUGGGCACUCACGAUGACUUGAUAUCGGCGGACGGGCUUUACGCUCAUCUGCACGCCCUUCAAGAGGCCGCGAUGGACGUUUACGACCAAGAGCUCGCGAGAUCGCACGGUAAACGGGAUCAUCGUCCUCGACCCGAGGCUUCUAGCCGGCAGACAGAUUCCGAUGGGGUACGGGCACGUAGUCGCGAUCGGAUUCGGUGUGUAUGGUCUCGAACGACGCCCCCGAACGGUUCGUCGUCGGCCAGGAAUACGAAACUAGCCGUCGGCAGACACCGUGAAGAAGACGUUUGUCGAACCCCGGAUUUAUAUUGGGACUGGAAUAUAAAUACGGAUUGA